AUGAAUGAAAGCAAGAUACAAAAACGAUACAUUAAAAAAAUGAAUGAAAGCAUCAAACAAUUUGUUGAUUCUAAGAGAGAUAAAUUUUUGAAUGAGCUUUUGCAAAAUUAUAAGGAGGUAGAAUCUCAAAAAUAUGAUGAGUUGGUUAUGCUUUUACAAGGAAUCGAAGAUUUAGAACAAACCCCAUUGAUUGAAAAUUCAGACCAGCGCCCGUUUAUUGAAGAUUCAAAACAAUUCCUAUUGGAUGAAGAUUUAGAACAAAAUCAGCCAGUUGAUAUUUUAAGCCCAUCAGUUAAUAAUUCCGUAGACCUUCAAAGAGAUAAGCUUUUGGAUCAAAAAAGCAACAAAUUUCAAAUUAAAGUUGAAGAUACUUAUCAACAUCAAUAUUGGUUGCAACGGAUACGAAGAACCAUGUCACAGUUUAUCUGA